AUGACCUCUGAGGAAGUGACAGCGUCUGUUCUCGUCUCUGUGGUACAGGGGAAAGCGAUACCUGCUCAGUCAGCUGGAGAUGAAAAUACUGCAAAUGCUUUGGACACCAGUGUUAUAAAAAGACACACUGCCAGUCCGGGAAGGCAAACCACACACGCUCUCUCAUACUUACACAGACUUGAAGAAGAAAGUCUUCAGGGCUCAGUGCCCAAAAUAUUCUCUCUGGCGAAAGAACAACUGACUAAUGACAAUAGUAAUGAAAACUUCUGGGAGAGGAACAGCUCCGUCCCUGAUUCAGUGGAAUUUCUUAACAUUAACUGUAACAUUGUACAGAAAAACUACAAGAGCAAUGUCCCGUGCAGCCAGUUGUAUAAAUCUUGUGAUCCUUUAGCAGGGAGAGAGGCAUGCCUGGAAACUGGAAUUCCUGUGUCACUGGAAAGAGCCAUGCUUGCUGAAAUUCAGCUGAAAAUGAAUGGACCUUCGUUAAGAAGCCAGACAGCAGUAAAUAAGAACGACAGCAAUGAUACUGAUAAAGUGGCCUUUUUUCACUUUCAUUGUGCUAGUGAAAGGAAUAUAUCAAAGGCUUUGUGCGGUUUACACAACGGCUUCCUUUUGGAUGACUGCUUGCAGCCAGUGAGUGUUGGCGAUGGUAGCACCACUGGUUCCUCAUCCUGCACUUGCAGAUUAAUGGAGUUGACAAAUAAUUGUGAAAUUCAAAAUGGGCAGCAGUUGUAUGAAGACGCUUUAAGGGAUAAGUAUUUAUGUCUGGAAAGAGCACCACAAAAGGUUAAAGUGGCAUGCUCAGGUCACAACUUCUGUGGAAAUAACUUUUCUGGAAGAAUGCCCUCAAAGCCCUUUCUGAGCCAUUUUGAAGACUGUAAUGAUAACUGUGAAGAAGAGAUGGAAGAGGAUUUUUUUAGAAACAAAAAGGAACGUUCUACUCUAUUAAUAAGACGUUUCUGUAAAAAUGAUAAAGAAGUUAAAAAAUCAAUUUAUACUGGAACGAGAGCAAUUGUUAGGACUUUACCUUCAGGGCACAUAGGAACCGUUGCUUGGAAUUAUGUUGAGCAAAGGAGAAACAACAGUGGCUUGAAGCGUUCUAGGAUUACAACAGAAGAGCUAACUAUAAUUCAGUCCUUAAUAAAAUGGGAAUUUAAUUCCUUUCUUGAGAAGUCUUUAUGGUAUGAGGUCUUCAAUACAGUGAGAGAAGAAGAAGGAGCAGAAGAUACUUUUGAAUAUUUUCCUCAUCUUCUGAGAAAGAUCCCGACAUUUGAUACACGCUGUGUAUGCAAAGGUGAUGGUUUUUGUGUAAAACCAUGUGUAACAGGUGCUUACUGUCAAUAUCGUGCCACUUUACAGAGGACUGCACUCUCUAACUAUAUAACUGGUGCUUUACUAGAAGCAACUACAUCAUUAGGAGCAAGAAGUGGUCUUUUAAAUAUCUUCGGAGGAUCAACUGGAAGAACAAUGCUUAAAGAACGUCAAGCGUGUACAUCUAUGGCUGGCUCCAGCGUCCUUCCCUCCAACGUGGCUGGUAUUAGCAAAGAGCUGAUCGAACUGCAGCACCUCAUCCAGUUCCCGGAGGAGGUUGCCAGCAUUCUGACCGAGCAGGAGCAGGAGCUGUACCGGAAAGUCUUACCCAUUGACUACCUCUGCUUUUUAACCAGGGAUUUGGGUAAUGCUGAAUGUCAAAGCAAGCUGCCGUCUAUUAAAGCUUCCAUAUCUGCUACUAUUCUUUCUUCCUCAAGUGGUGAACGUAAUGCUGUAGAAGAUCUCGUGACAAGGUUUAAUGAGGUGAGCUCAUGGGUUACCUGGCUGGUCCUGACUGCAGGUUCUAUGGAGGAGAAACGAGAAGUCUUCUCAUAUUUAGUACAUGUGGCAAAAUGCUGCUGGAAUAUGGGCAACUACAAUGCUGUAAUGGAAUUUCUGGCAGGGCUAAGGUCAAGAAAAGUUUUAAAAAUGUGGCAAUUUAUGGACCAGUCUGAUAUUGAAACCAUGCGAAGUCUGAAAGAUGCUAUGGCACAACAUGAGUCAUCAUCUGAAUACAGGAAAGUGGUCAGCCGGGCACUCAAUAUUCCAGGCUGUAAAGUUGUUCCUUUCUGUGGUGUAUUUUUAAAAGAGCUUUGUGAAGUUUUGGAUGGAGCAUCGAGCCUCAUCAGACUCUGUCCACGAUAUAACUCCCAGGAUGAAACAUUAGAGUUUGUUUCAGAUUACAGCGGACAAGAUAAUUUCUUGCAACGAGUAGGCCAAGAUGGUUUAAAUAAUCCAGAAAAAGAAUCAACAGCAAACAAUAUCUUUCAAACUAUUCGGAGCUGCAAUCGCAGUUUGGAAUCUGAAGAGGGUGAAGAUAAUUUUAGUGAAGGGAGCAAUUCAAGAAAAAACUCUUUUAAGGACAAAAACCGGUACCAAUUUAUAAUUGGAGAUCUUUCCGAUUCUGAAAGUGAUAUAUUUGAGCAGUUGAAGGAGUGGGACACAAAUUCAACAGAAGAGCAGCAAAAGGCUUUCUGCCAUGGGAUAGAACUCAUUCCCUGGUAUGUGUUAUCUAUCAGGGCUGAUGUCCAUCAGUUCAUGCAACAAGGGGCGACCGUCAUUCAUUACGACCAGGAGACACAUCUCUCAGCGCGUUGCUUUCUUCAGCUUCAGCCUGACAACAGUACUUUGACUUGGACAAAACCCACAACGGUUUGCCCUGCAAAUGCUAAGGCAAAACUGAGUGUGCUGGGUAAUACUGCAGAUCUUGGUAAAUACCAGUUUCUUGGUAAUACUGGACUGGUGGAAGGUUUUUUGGACUUGUUUUCAGCCAAGGCUGUAUAUAUGGGACACUCUGGCAUUGAUAUGCACACUGUGUGUGUUCAAAAUAAACUUUGUAAUAUGUCCCUUGAAGAAAAUGGUAUAACACUACUUUAUGGACUUCAGACUACUGAUAAUAAGUUGCUGCACUUUGUUGCUCCAAAAUAUACUGCCAGAAUGCUAUAUGAUGGAUUGCUGGAAUUGACUAAAGCUGUAAGAAAAAUGAGGAAAUUCCCUGAUCAAAGACUACAGUGGCUACGGAAACAGUAUGUCAGCCUUUACCAGGAGGAUGGAAGGUUUGAAGGCCCAACCUUGGCUCAGGCUGUUGAACUGUUUGGAGGCAGACGAUGGAGUGCAAGAAACACAAGCACAGGAACUCUCACCAAAAGCACCGACAAACCUAGUGUACAGAGAAACAACACUCUGGGAAUAAGCGCAGCUAAGAAAAAGAAGAAAGUACUCAUGAGGGCUGAAAGUGGAGAGGCCACUGAUGAUGAAAUGGCAACUCGGAAGGCAAAAAGCUGUAAGGAAUAUCGUAAUAGAAGUGGUUCGGAUCCUCAAGAUAUUGAUGAACAAGAAGAACCAGAUCAAAAUAUUAUUAUUAAUGCUUCUCCAUCUAACAACCUGCCAUCAAGAAGAGCUCACUCUCUGACAGCAUCUGGAUCUCCUAAUUUAGGAGCUACAUCAUCUUCACCAGCAAGACCAGUCUCCUCUCCUGUAAUGUCUUCAAGCAAGAGUCAGUCUAGCACAUGGAGCAGCAGUAGCUGGCAUGGCCGUGUUAAAGGAGGAAUGAAGGGGUUUCAGAACUUCAUGGUGUCUGAUAGUAACAUGACUUUUGUGGAAUUUGUAGAGCUCUUCAAAUCUUUCAGUGUCCGUAGCCGCAAGGAUCUGAAAGACCUUUUUGAUGUCUAUGCUGUGCCUUGCAAUCGAUCCGGUUUGGAGCCUGCUCCACUUUAUACCAAUUUGAAGAUUGAUGAAAAUAGCAGUGGAUUCCAGCCUGAUUUAGAUUUGUUGACUAGGAAUGUUUCAGACCUUGGUUUGUUCAUUAAGAGCAGGCAGCAACUAUCAGACAACCAGAGGCAAAUAUCUGAUGCUAUUGCUGCUGCCAGUAUUGUAACCAAUGGUACUGGAGUUGAAAGCACAUCGCUGGGAAUAUUUGGAGUGGGAAUCCAGCAGCUAAACGACUUCCUAGUGAAUUGCCAAGGAGAACACUGCACCUAUGAUGAAAUCCUCAGUAUUAUCCAGAAAUUUGAACCCAGUGUGAAUAUGUGCCAGCAGGGGCUGCUAUCUUUUGAAGGAUUUGCAAGAUUUUUGAUGGAUAAAGACAACUUUGCCUCCAAAAACGAUGAGUCACAGGAGAAUGCUGAGGACUUGCACUUUCCACUGUCAUAUUACUACAUAGAAUCUUCGCACAAUACUUACCUUACUGGCCAUCAGCUUAAAGGGGAGUCCUCGGUAGAGCUCUACAGCCAGGUUCUUCUACAAGGCUGCAGAAGUGUAGAAUUAGACUGCUGGGAUGGCGAUGAUGGGAUGCCUAUCAUUUAUCAUGGGCACACUCUUACUACUAAGAUCUCUUUUAAGGAGGUAGUUGAAGCUAUUGAUCGCAAUGCUUUUAUCACCUCUGACAUGCCAAUUAUCAUAUCAAUAGAAAACCACUGUUCAUUGCCUCAGCAACGCAAGAUGGCUGAAAUUUUCAAGAAUGUAUUUGGAGAUAAGCUGGUAACCAAGUUUUUAUUUGAGAGUGACUUUUCUGAUGAUCCCAUGCUUCCUUCACCCGGCCAACUGAAAAGAAAAAUCCUGCUUAAAAACAAGAAGCUGAAAGCCCAUCAGACACCAGUGGAUAUAUUGAAACAAAAGGCUCACCAGCUGGCGCAUAUGCAAGCACAGGCUAGCAAUGGUGCUAGCAACCCCACACCUACCAAUGAAGAGGAAGAAGAUGAAGAGGAUGAAUAUGACUAUGACUAUGAAUCUCUCUCUGAUGAUAACAUUCUUGAAGACCGACCUGAGAAUAAAUUAUCAAGUGAUAAACUGCAGUUUGAAUAUAAUGAAGAGACUGCCAAACGAAUAAAGAAGGCUGAUUGUGCUACUUACAAUAAUAAAGGAAAGGUGUACGAUAUGGAGCUGGGUGAAGAAUUCUAUCUUCCGCAAAAUAAAAAGGAAAGCAGACAGAUUGCCCCAGAGCUAUCAGAUCUUGUGAUUUACUGUCAAGCCGUAAAGUUCCCUGGCUUGUCAACUCUAAACCCAUCUGGCUCUAGCAGAGGAAAAGAAAGAAAAAGCAGGAAGUCCAUUUUCGGCAACAAUCCUGGCAGGCUGAGCCCCGGGGAGUCAGCUGCUCUUGCCAAAGCAUCUGGAAAAGGUCCUUUUGAUGUGAUGCGGCAGACCUGGGAAGAUCCUUGCUCUCCUUACAACUCUCCAGCUUCUCUCAGUGCUAUCAUAAGGACGCCCAAGUGCUAUCACAUCUCCUCCCUGAACGAGAACGCUGCCAAGCGGCUGUGCAGGCGGUACUCUCAGAAGCUGAUCCAGCACACCACCUGUCAGCUCCUGAGGACCUACCCCGCUGCCACGCGCAUUGACUCCUCAAAUCCCCAUCCACUGAUCUUCUGGCUCCACGGCGUGCAGCUCGUGGCUCUUAACUACCAAACAGAUGAUCUUCCUCUGCAACUUAAUGCGGCGAUGUUUGAGGCUAAUGGUGGCUGUGGAUAUGUUUUGAAACCUCCUGUUCUGUGGGAUAAAAAUUGUUCCAUGUACCAGCAGUUUUCUCCGUUAGAAAGAGAUCUUGAUAAUAAGGAGCCAGCUAUAUAUUCUUUAACAAUUGUGUCCGGACAGAACGUCUGCCCCAGCAAUAGCACGGGCAGUCCCUGCAUUGAAAUCGAUGUGCUGGGGAUGCCUCUGGACAGCUGCCAUUUCCGCACGAAGCCCAUUCAUCGCAACACUCUCAACCCCAUGUGGAACGAGCAGUUCCUUUUCCGGGUUCACUUCGAAGAUUUGGUCUUUCUUCGGUUCGCAGUUGUUGAAAAUAACAGCUCAGCUGUAACAGCUCAGAGAAUCAUUCCCCUAAAAGCUCUAAAAAGAGGCUAUAGACACGUCCAGCUCCAUAACCUGCACAAUGAAGCAUUAGAAAUUUCUAGUUUGUUCAUAAACAGUCGGAGAAUGGAAGAAAGUCCCUCUGGAAACACUAUGCCUGCAUCUGUGUCGUUUAGCAUGGGGGAAAGGAAAGCUGCUGUGACUUACAAAGUGACAAUUCAUGGAAUUCCAGGCCCGGAGCCUUUCACUGUUUUUAAUGUAAGCGGGGGGACCACGGCCGCACAGCUUCUCCAUCAGCUCUUGGCUACUACAAAAGGCACCGAGUCAUGUGCUGCAGACUAUUUUCUGAUGGAAGAGAAAAGUUUUAUAUCCAAAGAAAAGAGUGAAUGCAGAAAACCACCAUUCCAGAGAGUGAUUGGUCCUGAAGAAGGGCUAGUGCAGCUUUUGAACAGUUGGUUCCCAGAAGAAGGAUAUGUUGGAAGGAUCAUCUUUAAAACCCGAGAGGAAAAUUUAAACGAGAGAAAUGUCUUUCAAGAAGCAAAGGAAGAUGCAGCCAUCAGCUCCGAGGAUGACAGUUUCUUUGUUCAGGUACAUGAUGUCUCCCCAGAGCAGCCACGCACCGUCAUCAAAGCUCCCCGCUUCAGCACAGCUCAGGAUGUCAUACAGCAGACCCUUUGCAAAGCCAAAUACUCCUACAGCAUUUUGAGCAAUCCAAAUCCAAGUGACUAUGUGCUCUUGGAAGAGGUGACGAAAGAGCCGGCAAACAAAAAGUCCUCAACAUCUAAACCAUCUCAGAGGAUUCUCUCUGAUCAAGAGUGUGUGUUUCAGGCUCAAAGCAAGUGGAAGGGAGCAGGAAAAUUUAUCCUUAAACUCAAAGAACAGGUUCAGGCAGCACGAGAUGACAAAAGAAAAGGCAUCUCCUUUACCAGUGAACUCAAGAAGUUAACCAAGUCAAGUAAGCAGUAUCGGGGAUUCAUAUCGCCACCUCUGCAGGUCUUGCCCGACAGUCCACAGAGCAAGGACGAAAGGUCUGCGGGCAGUCUGACUUUUAGCGACAUUAUGGAAUAA